GUAGGGCUUUGCCCUUACACAUCUGGAAGAAUUGGACAGGAUAAACCUCCCCAUUGCAAUGAGGCACUGAACAUGUUUUCUGUGUGUACCUGUGUCAUCCAGGAGGCCUUCUAGCAAGAAAAGGAAGACCUGCUGCAAAUUUAUGAAAGGAUGAUGGCAGGGGAAAGGGAGAUAUAAGGGAAAUUCCAAAAAGGCCCUCUCCAUUUGCUCAGGCAUACUUAGACUUGCCCUCCUUUGGGAUUUACCUGUAGCAUGUUCAUCAUUAAGAGGUUUUAUUAUUUUUUUAAAUUAAUUUUAUUUUCCUUUGCAGGUCACCUUUUAAGCUGCUAUUUCCUGUAUAAUUAAGCAGAAUGAAGGCAUUAGGUUCUAGUAAAAUUGGGCCUAAUCCAGAAUCUUCUCUUAUUCAGUCCUUUCUGAGUAAGAAACUCAAGUCUGGGCCCAGCAUUUCACAUGUUUUGCUGUUACAUCUAAAUUAUUUGUGGUCUGUGGAUUUUUUUUUUAACUUUAUGGAAACGCCUUUGCUUUUGUCUAAUUUUAUCUCUUUAUGUGUCACUGUCCAGCAUAGCAUUAGUUGAAAUUAUGUAAGUAUUCUGCAAGUUGAAGUGCAUAAUUGCUUCUGAUAAUGCAAGAAUGAUUCCUACAGUUUAUAAUUAACAGUAUAUAAUGUUCUGUGCAUGGGUUGGAUCUGUCCCUUUUAACUUUUCCUUUCCAAUUCUUUCCAAUCCCUGGUCUUGCUGCAUCACAGCCUAUAUGAAUGCACUGGUUUCGCUGGAGUCUAGUCCAUUGUUCCUUUUGUUUUUCAGACCAGUAAAAAUGGGAAGUACUGGAUUCUGGUUUCCUCCAAGAAGAGUCAGCGGAACUGGUUAAGACCAAAAUCUGAGGACUUUAGUGGGCAAACAUCAGUCCCCUUUUGCUUUCUUUUACGACCACAUGAAACUUGAGAAGCCAUCUAAAGCUAAAUCAUUUAGUGGAGUUGGGCAAUUCCCAAGUGUCCAACAAGAAGGCCUGGUUUAGGCUGCGAUGGCCACUGUCAUUCCUGGUGAUUUGUCAGAAGUAAGAGAUACCCAGAAAGUCCCUUCAGGGAAACGUAAGCGUGGUGAAACCAAACCAAGAAAAAACUUUCCUUGCCAACUGUGUGACAAGGCCUUUAACAGUGUUGAGAAAUUAAAGGUUCACUCAUACUCUCACACAGGAGAGAGGCCCUACAAGUGCACACAACAAGACUGCACCAAGGCCUUUGUUUCUAAGUACAAAUUACUAAGGCAUAUGGCUACUCAUUCUCCUGAGAAAACCCACAAGUGUAAUUAUUGUGAGAAAAUGUUUCACCGAAAAGAUCACCUAAAGAAUCACCUACAUACACACAAUCCCAACAAAGAGGCCUUUAAGUGUGAAGAAUGUGGAAAGAACUACAAUACCAAGCUUGGGUUCAAACGUCACCUGGCUUUGCAUGCUGCAACAAGUGGUGACCUCACCUGUAAGGUAUGUUUGCAGACUUUUGAAAGCACAGGAGUGCUGCUGGAGCACCUAAAAACUCAUGCAGGCAAGUCAUCGGGUGGAGUGAAGGAGAAAAAGCACCAGUGUGAACACUGUGAUCGUCGGUUCUACACCCGAAAGGAUGUCCGCAGACACAUGGUAGUGCACACUGGAAGAAAGGACUUCCUCUGUCAGUACUGUGCACAGAGAUUUGGGCGGAAGGAUCACCUCACGCGCCACAUGAAGAAAAGUCACAACCAAGAACUUUUGAAGGUCAAAACAGAGCCAAUGGACCUUCUAGAUCCCUUUACCUGCAAUGUUUCUGUGCCUAUUAAGGAUGAGCUGCUUCCAGUGAUGUCUUUACCUUCCAGUGAACUGACAUCAAAGCCAUUUACAAACACUUUGCAAUUAAAUCUCUACAACACUCAGAUUCAGUCCAUGCAGAGUUCUGCAUCUGCACACCAAAUGGUUGCCACAUCGUUGCCAUUGGGAAUGCCUUGUCCAAUAGAUAUGGAGUCUGUCCACCCUUCUCACCAGCUAUCGUUGAAAUAUCCGCUCGGUACUACCUCAUACUCAAUUUCUAUGCCUGAAAAAGAACAGCCAUUGAAAGGGGAAAUUGAAAGUUACUUAAUGGAAUUGCAAAGUGGUAUGCCUUCUUCAUCCCAGGAUUCUCAAGCAUCUUCAUCAAAACUAGGGCUGGAUCCACAAGUAGGGCCACUAGAUGAUGGAUCUGGGGAAGUUUCCCUUUCCAAGGGCUCCGUUCCUAUUAGCGAACCUCUAAAUGCCCCAUCAUUGGACUUUUCUCAGCUGUUCAACUUCAUACCUGUAAAUGGCCCUCCCUAUAAUCCUUCUGUUUCAGUGGGAAGCCUCGGGAUGAGUUACACGCAAGAGGAGGCACAUUCUUCUAUGACUCAACUCCCACCACAAACCCAGGAUCCACAAGAUCCUAGCAAUAGUAUAGGUCUUGGGUCUCUGCACUCAUUGUCAGCAGCUUUCACAAGCAGUCUAAGCACAACCACCACCCUACCACGAUUUCAUCAAGCUUUCCAAUAGGAUGUACAAAGCUGGCUUGUUAACUGUCUAUUUGUAGAAAUGCCUUAGGUGACCAUUUUUAACUUAGUGCCUGCUAUAAGACAUUAUAAAUUCUCUGCUUUUGUACAGUACCAAUCUCAUGAAGCCAGUAAGAAAUUUAAAUUAACUUUUUUUUUAAAUGUUUUGAAAGUGUUUAUUCUCAGCUGUGUUUACUUUGGUUUGUUGGUUUUUUUAACAGUCUCGUAUUGUUUCCAUUUUCACUGCCAAUUUACACAUUUAAAAUGUUCAGUAGAAAGUCAUCCCAGGCAAACUCGCAACACUUAUCCCAUUUUUAAAACUUUUUCAACCAUACCAGCUAUUCUGUUUUAUUGAUGUCAGUGGUAGAAUUGCCACUUUUACCUUUUAAUAUAUUUUACUAUUUGCAAAUAAUCCAUUUAAAAUAUGUAUCACAAGGAUUCCUGAGAUUUGGGAAAAAAAUUCUCCAGUCUGUUCCCAACCAAAUCCUCUUCCCAAAUGGUGACGCAUCUGACCUGUUCUAUAAUGACAAAUCUAAAUUUUAAAAAUAAAUAUAGAAUUCAGUUUUUUCUGAAAACUUGUGUGUGUAUAUAUAGAAGUCCAUAUAUACACAUGUACAUAUAUAUAGCAUUUUGACUUGUAUUGAAGUCAUUAUAAAAGUUGUUAAGAAUUUUGCCAUUUUCUGGCUUAAAUUUUGGUGACCUGUUAUGGAUAACAGAAGAAAAAAAAUUUAGUGUUAUUCUCUAAAAUUAGGGCCGAACAGAAUUUCGACAGAGAAUCUCUGCUUGCCUAAAUGACAGAUGUUUCAAGUUGAAUUUGAAACUGUUGUUGUGCUUUCAUGACUCUGGUAUAGGGAAACAGGCAAAAUUAAUGGCUGAUCUUGAAAUAUAAAAGUGUUGUAAUGUAGUAAUGCAAAUAUUUUGUCGCAGUUUUUGUUUUAAUUCUUAACUUGCUUUUUUUUGUGUGUGUGUUUUUUUUUUCUCUUUAGUAGCAUAGAAAGAGUACUGCAUAGGAACCUUCCAGUAGUGUGUUCACAUUUGUAGGCGUCAGUCUUCUCCCCGCUGCCACCGCCAAAGGGUGGAUCAAGUCCAGCCAGAAAGUGUGUACCUAUUUUCAGUUCAAAACUAGUGUGCAGUCAGAAAGUGAAUGUAAAUUUGCAACUACCAGCUUGUUUUGGUUUGUUUUGUUUUGUUUUUAUUGGAGUGAUCUUUUCAGUUGUGUUACAUGGUGUGUUAUGUCCUCCUAAGCAACAAGUUAGAUGUUAAUCACACUUUCUACACCUGGGUACUUGGUUAGGGACUUUUUGCCCAUUGCCAAGAUUUAAAGACAGGACUCUUAGGAGUGAAGUAAAAGCAUAUUGCUUACACCACUUUUUACCUAAUGCAAUAUAUUCUAUUCCCCAACCCCUAAUAACCAAAAGAGGAAAAAAAAAAAAACCUAAAAAAACAACCAGCCCUGUGAUGCAUAAAAGCAAACUAGAUUUGCUGUAAUUCAACAAUAACUUUAUUUUCCUUGUCAUUUUUGUACAAGGAAUUAAAAAAUGGAAAUUGAGUACAUUAGUAUCUCAAACAAUAAUGAGGAUUCAUACAAGGUUUUAAGUGGUUAAACUAAAUAUACUUCACAGAAACAAAAGUUGCUCCCAUUUAAGGAGCUCAUGCUCCAGAUGUUUUAUCAGUAGCUCCUACUGUUUUUUUUAAUGCUAGGAGCAAUAUGCAGGUGUAGUUUUACUAUUUUAUACAUAUGUGUAUUUAAAUUUUAUUACUGAAAAAUAACAUUUUUAUAAAUGUGUUUGUGUUCCAAAGGCAUUAAAAUAAGGAUGUAUUAAUAAGGAAAAUACCUUUUGAAAUUCUGCAAACUACUCCUAGAUUUUGGGUUUAGGAGCACGUUAUCUCAAAGUGGGCGUUUAGCUCUGCUUCACGACUGCUUCCUCUGGUUUCUGUGAAACAGAUUGCUCGCUUGCUUACAUCUUUAGUUGAAUGAUUUGUUCAAUAUUGCUUUUUUUCCAUUCACCUUUCUAAAGGAAAGAAAAACACAGAUGAACAGAGCACAAGCUGAAUGCAACCGAAUGUAACUCUAGUUUAUAUGAACAACCGUAACGCAUCUAAGAAAAACUUGGGCUUAUUCUCAAUCCUUUUAAUCUGAGAUGAAGAUAAAUGGACUUAAUUCCUCCAGUGGGUUAUGUCCCACGUGGAGCCGAGCAUCUGCGACUCUCCCUGCAGCAGAGGAAAGCUGCGAGUGCUUGGCAUCCUGCAGCUGGCACAGCAGUGUGGCUGGGCAGCGCUGCCCUCCCUGGGCAGCCUCUGGCACACAAAUUUCCAGUCUGGAGCCACUUGUUACCGGCCCCAGCUGCCAAAAGACUUCAUAAAAACAAAACCCACAGACACUUUGCCAACACCCGUUUCUUAGUGCGUAGCCAGAAUCCUUACUACUUUGUUCGUGCCUUAGCUUCCUGAAAAGGGAUUGACAUUUCACUUGGAGUUAGAUGUACAUUUCACUUGAGAAACAGAGACCUCAGACAAGAUAUUGAACCUCAUUCAGUCAGGGUUUCAGUGGGUGGCUGCACCCAGAGUGUUUGCAGCUGAACUAGGAUGUAGGGUAACAUGGAAGCAGACUGACCCUUUAAGCAAUACCAACACCACCAGAGUGCUUUUGAGCAUCGCUUAGGCAGAGUCAAUGUUGGCCACUACUAAACCAUCAGUUUUUAAACCCCAUUUUCUUGAUUUCCCAUGGAUUCUUGGUGGGAGGGGGGAGGGCUGGCUGAUCAUGCACCACUCUUUGUGCAACUUCUAAACUUCUAGUAAGGUUGUUUUGUUGUUGGUGUUUUUUUGUUUGUUUUUUUUUUUUAAUAUAUAUAUUUUUGUGUACUUGUUGCUUGUGCUUUAUUUAGUAGUAAAUUGUGGAAUAGAGUGAUUUAUUGUUAAUUUGGCAGUAGCGGUUUUUAAAAACCAUAUACUGACUGAAAUAUGAGCCAGAGCUGAUUGCUUUAUUAAGCUAAUAAUGAAUGUUAAGAGUACAUAUUUUCAGGAUCAUUUGCCUAGUGAGCUAAACUUGUAUUAUAGGCCAAUAUUUUUUAAAAUAAAGCUUGGUCAACCUCUAUGUUACACAUAUUACAAGAUAUAGCACUUUCAAAAAGAAAACCUAAACCUUUUAAGAAAAUUUCUUACAGGUUAUGCUUUUUAUUAUAAAACCUUUUAUUAUAAUUUGUUUCAAGUGCCAUUAGAUUACAUAUAUGUAGGCCUUUGGUAUAAUGCUUUGUGUACAAAAUGGUAGACAUUGUAAUUUUAAACAGGUACAUUUUUACAGUGUUUUCUUAUCAAUUUGCUAUAUUGCACAGAACCAGUGUGUCUUUCUUAAGGGUUUUACAAUGGUUUUUACUAGGUUUACAUGUUUCAAACUACACUGUCUUCUACUGCCAUUUUGAAUACCAGUCAAAAACAAUUAGGAGUUCGUCCUCACCAUUUGCAAACUGUGUCUUGAUGGUAAACUUUGUCAAAAAUAUUUAACAUGCAGUAUUUGAUACAGAUUUUUUUAAAUCAUAUCCUAUCAUCGCUAUGCUGCUCUCUGAAGUUAACUUUGGGCUGAUCCUGCAUCCAUAAAUGCUAUGGGGAUCCUGCAUCCUUUGUUAUGUCUGUCUCAUACACUGGUUUAGCAGCUUCUCCUGUAUUCUUCUCAGUCUAUAGAUAAGCCUCUGAAAUAUAUGUACUUAUCUGGUAUGUAGUAAACCAUUAUAGGCUUAGCUGCCCAUCCUGCUUCCCCUCAGUGUACAGUUUAAACCACAGCUUACUUAGCAUCAUGCUCAACUUACAAGUAAUGCCACAGUAGUUCAAAAUGUAUUUGGGUACUCCCAAAGCUUUUAUGCAAUAAGGGUGUCUUACUUUUGUUGGAAGGCAGUGUCUUUUGAUAACAGUUAUCUAGCCCUGGAAGUGACACAGAACUAUUGCUAAUCAUAUGUAAACACUUUUCAGUAUAAGCUUCAGUGGUACAGUUGAACCAGAGUGAAUGUUUAUCUCCUCAGAAACACUCCUGCAAUAUUGUUAUAUUGGAUCAUGCUGCUAAUGUAACUUGGGAUACAACUCCUGUCAUGGUGCUACAAACCUCCCUGUCUCAUUCAGAUGUAUUUUUACCCAUAGAAAAAAAGGACUAUACUAGACCUAUAGUUGUAUGAUAUAUUUUUAUACUGUGACUUAAUUUGUCAUUAAUGAACUUUGUGCAACACCACAAUGUAUUCAUAUGCACUUGCAAAAGUAAACUUUUGGACAUGCAAAUUUAAACGCUGACAAGCCCAGCUCUUGUUCACGAAAAUAGGGGACUGCUAGUUAGUGUUAAAUGUGGGCUUUUUAUAUGGUGUGGAGUGAAGAACAUACUAUAUGUUACUAAAAGCCUUAGACAAAAACUGGGAAGAGUAUAUUGGUGAAUGAUGUCACACCCAAACCUGACUCGGAUUGCUGAAAUUAUAUUUUUAGCUAGUGGAAAAAUUGUUCGGACUUGUAUGCUAAAAUGUUUUUAAUGAUAAAUUUUUGAGUCGAAAAAAAUAGAGAAAAAAAAAAGAACACGGAAAACCCUGCAUUCCAGACUGAAUUUGUAUAUGUUUCUUGCAUUUAAAAUUCGCUAUCCUGUGAUAUGGGAAAUUGAGUUGCUUAUCAUGUAUAUGUACUUUAAAAUGUAUUCACAAACUACUGUUGUAUUUGUAUAAAAUAUAGACAAAAAGAUUGCAUAUAUAUUUUUGUGUAUAAGCUCUGUAAAAUAGCAAUCACGUUAUGAAGCUGCAGCAGAACUUCAUUUUAAACAUUCACAUCCAAAGAAACAGACUAUUUAUUGUCCACAUACCCUGAUUAUAAAAUAUACCUUGCUGCUAUUAAACAAUAGUGCUGCAGCUUCUUGUGGCCUACAGUGUUAUGUUUGCUGUACAAAAAUAUGUGAACUCCACAAAAUAUAUCAAUAAAAUUACAGAAUGGUUUUAGUUAAUGAAUAACUUAUGCCUGGCAUUUCAAUAGAUAAUCUCAAUCUGCAUGUUUGGGAUUGCAAAAAAGUAGUUACAGAGUACAUCCAGUUUUGCUGGGUGUAGUUUGCAAAGGCGUAACUGUCUUUAUAAGUUAUGACUGGUAAAAUGUCAGUUUUCCAGAAACUCUUAAGGCAUAAAUAUCUGUGUUUCAAGAUUUCACCAACGAGCAAAUGGGAUGAUGCGACUGUGUCUGUGACAAGACAGGUCUGAACUGAAGGAAGCAAUUGAGUUUGUCAUCAAAUUGCACUUUGAAACACUGUGAGACACUUGGCAGGUAAGUAUGGGGUGUCCACAGUGGGAUCCUUCCUUUGGGACACAUAAGUGAGUGAUUCCCCAUCAUUUCAGAUUAAUGCAAGUCUCAUACAUUGUUUCUUGUAGUUUGCAGGACAAACUUUAAGGGUGUGGCAUGUGCUAGACACAGUAUGUGGCAUGUCUCUCUUCUCUGAGGAGAAACUCAGUUGCUUUGGUC